AUGGAGCGCAUCUUGCUCGACAGAAAGAGGAGCAAGCUUCUAGGCGGUGGGGAAAACAGCACGGAAACGACACGGGACGAUACGGACAUCUUACAGACGUACCCAAGCGUGUCCGCUGAGCUACACCGACGUAACUUGGGCUACAUGUGGGUGGACCGCGCCAUGGCCAACCAAGCGGACAGGGCUUCACGGUCUCUAACAGCGGACAGCGUUGCGAUGCGAGCGAAGCGCUACAAAUUCGGCCCCGCACAACCACACGAUGUCGCGGAUGCCAUCAUGCGCCUGGGAUUCCCGGUAUUUCCUCUCGGUCAGGCAAACCAAGGAGACAAACAAGAGAGCCUCCUCGGCUUGCCCGAAGAAGGCACGCAAGAAGCCCUUUGCCUCCUACGCCGGGCACUGUUCGUCCAGACAAGGUCCAGGCGCGGUUUACCACAGACCAUCCAUGCAGGCAAGAGUCCGGAAAACGGCGAGCCGUUGCCAGAGCGAAAAUUUAUACUCGGUGCAAAGUUCACGGGCUCUAUCAGCCGAAAGAAGGGAGCCUCGUCAGGUUAUUACACCCCAACACGCAAUCCUAAGGAGGCUGUCAUUGGAGUAUACAGGCCAGCGGACGAAGCAAAUUGGCCCACGUAUAGUGUUGCAGACGCGACCAUGUACCGCAAACGGAAAGGGCGGCAAGAGCGCCUACCCGAGACGGUGGAGAGCAGGCCAAAAACAGCACAAAGGAUAACAGACCCGACCCGACCACACGAGCAACCGACUGCACCACAAAAACGCAGUAAGAGGACACGCGAGACUGUGGAGGAGAGUGUGUUAAGCCAGAGGGAAUCUCGGCGUGACGACACACGCACCAACACAACACCACAGCAAUCCCGAACAGACAGGCCCACGGUGCGCGUGCAGGAACCAUCGUACAGAGCUGAAACAACCCAGCACAAUGACGAGGAAAAGGACGCACUGGAUGCGUUACGGGUCAACCACCGGUUGGGUUUAAACGGACGAGGCAAGCGUCCGACGGGGUACGCUUGCCCACGACACUGGAUGAUUUAUCCAGACAAACCCCCGCACGUCAGCCAGUUGGCAUGGGCAGCCGUGACUCAGGCGCAACGAGAAGGACAUAUUCGAUGGUUGCGAGAGCUGCGACAGAUGCCAGAGGACUUGUUAACGCUCAGCCUCCCAGAGGCAGCGAUAGAGCUGGUCCGCCGCGCUGCGGUGGCGCGAGGAUGGAAGUGGACAACCAUCUGCAAAGCGUUGGCACUCAUCAAAGGCGCCCUCCUCAACCUCCCGCUGUACACGAACCAAAGAGAAAGCAUCGACAUCUCGAGGAACCCCAGCUGA